ACGAAGCGCCUCUCCCCUCGGAAACUGCGAGAAAGAGUUGAAGGCGACCGCACGUUGCCGAUGGUUCCAGCGAUCGCACAGGAAGGCAAUGGAAUUGCGAUCGGGCAAUCGAAUAGCGGAAAUCUUACGUUCGACUCUGAUUUGAUGAUCUGUGUGUGACAGGAGGAAGUGCCAAGUUCGCGAGGGGGGAUUUGGGAUUUGGAAUUUGGAAUUUUGGAUGAUCGAUGCGGUCACAGGGUUUUGUUGUUCCACUACUUUCUCGUGUCCCAAUCCGAGAAUCGAGAAGCAUUAUGUGAGAAUUGGUCAAAGUGGGCCGUCCUUCCGGUGACAGUGGGUUCUAUCGUUGAAUUGCAAACUUCGCGUUUGGAGCUGGCGUAGAAUCUUGUCGACGAGUCGGUUGUGGUUGUGCAUCGAGAAGGAAGCAGGGUUUUUCGGCUGCUGGGAUGUUUCCGAAUAUGUUCGAUUCUGUCCAUUUUGGGUCCAUUUUUAGGAGAAGGUGAUAGUGUGUCGUUCAUGCGUGCAUUCUCUACACGGAAAGGGAACCUCGCAGAUAUUGUUACAGAGAGCUGGACGGAAAAUGUGUCCCGGGACAAUGGGGAAGCUGAAAGAGCAAAGUAUGGGAGCUAACAAGCCAGAUGUCGUAGUACCUCGUGUCCUAAACGAGUGCCAGCAUUCUCAGGCCACUCAUCCGAGGGGGAUAAAGAAACUCGUCGAGUGUCGUGCGAUGGAUAGAGAUGGAUUCUUUAAAAUUUGGAUACAGUGUAUGGAGCCGCUCUUUUUGGUGUCGAAGAGGGAGCCGGUUGUCGAACGGAUGCUAAAAUUUGCAGCCUCCUUCACAGCGUACUGGGAUGAAGCUCACGAAGAUGAUUGCGAGCAUUUUGUGGAGGAAUAUUUGGGUUUAUUACUCAAAUGGGCGGACGCCUCUCACAAGUCAGUCAGAUUUCGAGCCUGUCAGAUGAUUUCUGAGGUAAUAUUGAAACUACCAGAGGACAUACCAGUGGUUGACGAACUGUGGGAUAACAUAAUAUCAAGUAUGCAGAGACGCAUGCAGGACAAGCUAACCUCGGUGCGAGUAUAUGCGGCACGGGCCCUAUCACGCCUUGUCAUUACGGACGAUAUAGAAAACGAUAGAACUGUAACAGCAUACCGUCAAGCAUUGGAUUUUGAUCAAAGUGCGGAAGUUAGAAAGAUGGUUGUCAUGUCUAUGCCUGCCAUGAACGUCACAGUUGCCGACAUGGUGGAACGCACUGCUGAUAUCAGUGAAGUCGUGCGGAAAGCAGCUUACCAUAUACUCGGAACCAAGUUCCGGAUCCAGAGCUUGAGCAUUAUGCAGCGUGCUCUUAUUCUUCAGAGGGGAUUAGCUGAAAGAGUUCCCGGUGUACGAGCUGAGUGUGUCGAGAUGUUGAAAUCAAACUGGCUGGAAAGAGAUUGCGAGGGAAAAAUGAUUUCCUUGUUACGAUACUUGGAUGUUGAGACUCACGAAAAGGUUGGUGAGAAUGUAAUGUUGGAGCUGCUGAAGCAAGAUCUUGAUGUCGCGGCCAUCUGUAGCGGAGGUCUUCGACAGUUUCUUCCCAGUGACAGUGCAGCAGGCGAUGAACUUCGUACAUAUAAAAUUCUAGACGCAGAAUCAGCCCUCUAUUGGCGUAUGUUAUGCUCGCAUCUCCAUACCGAAGCAGAGGCAAAAGGAUGCGAUGCUGCCACUACAGGAGGUGCAGAAGCGGUUGUGAAAGCUGCUGCUGCAGCGGAUAGCAACGACUAUCUUGAGAGCAUCUUACCUCCGACCGUAGCUGAUUAUGUGCGUCUCGUAGAAGCUCAUGUGCACGGAGGCCCGGCCACUCGGUUUGCCGCACGGCAGUUGCUCCUAAUCUCGAAAUUGAUGAACUUCAUCGAUAAUACAAGUCGCAGAGAGGCUGCUCUGCUCUUACAAUUCCUUCUCGAGCGAUCGGCGGUAUCUGAAAGAAGUUUGGAUGAAGUGGUCGGAGAUGGCUUGAGUCUUGGCGGUGAAGAGUUGUGGGCAAGCGCUGUGGCAGAGCUGGCACACCAUGUGCAUGCUUCCCCUGGAGAAUUUGCUCAAGUCGUGUCUGCAUCUCUCGCGCAACAUGCUCGUCCUUGUCGAGAAGGCGGAGCAAACAUUAUGCAGUGGUUGCAUUGUUUGGCUAUGACUGCUCUUCUGCUGGAAAACAUAGACUCUCUGCAUCAACUUGAUGGUCAAGCGAUCGAGCCUCAAGAAAUUCAGGAUUCUCUGCUGCUACCAGCUGUAAAGCACUUACAUCCAGAAGUACAAAGAGCCGGAGUUAGAUGCUUGGGCAUCUUCUGUGGGCUUGAAAAAGUUCCCAGCUCACGAGGAGUGGAGCAACUUAGACUGUGCCUAAGUUUGAGUGACCGUUAUUAUGUACAAGAGAUGGCCUUGAGGGCUCUGUUUGAUCUCAUCCUUCAGCAUGGGGCCACAGGAUUAGACCAUGCUCUUGGAAUACUACCUGAUAUUUCAGGAGUCCCUCACCCACCAGGGCCUCAAACUUCGCAUAAAUUCCGCUCAGCAGAUGAUAACUCUGAAAGAGAGCAAAGCAUGAUCUUGCGCCUACCGUUACUUGAGCUACUUGCAGGGUCGUUCGACCAUGAUGAUUUGACGAGAGAAGAAGAUGAGAUACCUCUGAAAACUUGCAUUGCUGCGGAGGGAUUCGCGAAAGUGCUCUUGCAAAGCAAACGAUUUCCGGAAAUCGGGGUUAUUCAGGAUGGUGUCUUGGCGAAGCUGGUUUGCUUGUACUUCAGCUUUAGUACCCAAAAUUUUGCUAGACUCAGGCAAUGUUUGAACGUUUUUUUCCGCUCCUACUGUUCUCAAUCGGUCAACAAUAAGAGAGCAAUUUCGAAAGUUUUUGUUCCGGUUAUGCGCAAGGAAUGGCCUGGUAUUUACGGAAAUCGAGAGAAGUCGGGAACAGUCUUAGCAGCGAGAAAGCAUGCAGCUGACAUAGGACGCUUCAUGCUGCUUCUACUUCAGCUCCCUAUAUUGGUCAAAGAAGCUCAACACGUCGGUAAUACAACAACUGUUGCACCUCGUGAUGAGAAUGUGAUACAAGAUGGCGAUGAAGCAAUCAAUGAAGGGCAUGAAGAACUUGCGAUCCGGAUUUGUUCUGAGGUGAUUUCUCUCAACGCAAAGAAGUCUAUGGCAGGCAAAACUUAUAUUGCAACCCUAUGCCGAUUCAUCCCUUUACUACGUUACCGUGCUUCCCAACAUGAGGAAAUCAAGUGCUUGUAUCAGAUCCUUCCAAGGUAUCUCAACAUCCGGCAGCAGAAAUUUAUUCCCUAUCACAGACAUUACUUCCAGAUCUCAGUGUAUUCGAGAAUCUUCCUCCAGGAGAGAAGACAUUGCUGAAAGAACUGAAAGAGACCCGAGAACGCCUAAAGGCAUUGGAUAAAUCACCUGACAAUGUUCUGACUGACGAGCAGAUGUAUCAAAUUAUUGAGAAAAUCGGCGGCCAGAAUGCUGGAGACGGAACGAAGGUACCUGCGGUCGAAAGCACCCCUCUAAAGGCUCGUACAGGGAGGAGAAGAGCAUCAAAUAAUUCUCGAAAUUCCUCACGUACUUUAACUCCAGUCCCUCCUUCUACCCGAACACUGCGAACGAGACCGGAAACGCUCUCGCGCCUCGCAAAGACACAGGCUCUUAAAAACCAGUCUGCAGCAAAAGUCUCCAGGAAGGAUCUAGAUUCCUUGUACGAGAGUGCUAGUUCAGACCUUUACUCGGAUACCACAACUGCGUCAAGCUCCGGUAGUGAGUUCGAGGUACGUAAAGAUAGUCGUUCGAAAGCUAAAGCCUCGUCAAAAGACAGUGGAGGACUAGCAGCAUCAAAUCGGAUGCCACGAGCUUCUAUAGAUUCAGAUUCAGCUACAAGCGCUUGUUAUAAUGGUUAUCAAUCGAAGCCGGCGGGCUUUACCAGUGUAGACAGAAUUGUUAGUGAAGGCGAAGAAGGGGAGGACGAAGCAAGCCCUCUACAAGCGGAAAAGAGGAUUCGACAACCUGGUGGAGUCUCACGGAUGAGGAAGCUUGAAAUGGAGAGAGAUUCGCCCCCUAUUCUCUCACAUACUGGUAUCGAAGGCGCAUCACGGGAGCAGUUACCCGGUGGAUCUGGUGCCGUCUCUGAGCGACCCCGAGACAUUAGGAGCGACGAAGCAGCACACGCUUGCACCAAACAUGAGUCAGUGCCCACAAGACGAGGGAAAAGUAGCAAGCCUCGGAACUCUGUCGAAUGUGCUGAAAUGGGGGCAUGUAAUGCAGCAGUUGCCACAUCCAGUCUUCCCAUGGCUAAGACCAUACCGGGCAAAUGGAAUAGCUCAGCUCAAAGGAAUAUGCGCCAAACUCCCAGAAAUGGACCUUUGGCACCCAAUAUUACGAACAAGUCAAGCGUAUUGAGCAGCUCCUUCGAAACAGACGACGGUUCCUCCGAGUUCGAGGCUGUGACUCCCAAAAGGCUUUCACAGGUUCUUUAGAGGUGUCUCAUUAUCCUUAGCUUGGUCUUAUCUGACUAAAGCGAGUGUACAUCAUUGUCUACCAAAUCUACGUCUAGUCUCGGAUGAGCCGACAGGAAGGUGGUCAUAUGAGUAGAUGUUGUCCUCAGGUCUAGAUCCUAAUCCAGGCAAUUUCUGCAAACUCUCAGUAGCUUCCUUCGCAGGUGUUCUGUAUGGUUGGAUAUCCUAGUGCGGAAUGGUGUGGCCCGCCUAAAGCUUUAGCCUAUAGAGUGUGCAGACUUUCCCCCUCAUGUCGCCUUUGACUUAGAAGUGUAAUAUACUUGCCUUUUCUUUCUGGUAUUUACAUCUUGUACGGUCCCGUGUCCUCAAAUGAAUGAA